AGGCUCUUUUCCUUUUGCAAAGAGCCUGAAGAAUUCUCCCUCCCUGACCUCUUCCCUUUUGGUAUUGUUGCUGCUGGUUCCCCUUUAGCUGGAAUCUCUCUGCUGAGCAGGGGAGGGGAAUGACAUCAGAGACGAGGAGGUGUGGGGGGGUGCCCCAUUCCCCAAUUGGCCACCAAGCAAAAACCAUGGGCCUAUAAAACUUGCCAAAGGACUAGCAUCCUCCAAUGAGACAGUGACUCCACAGAUUACCCUAGCUGCUGAGAAGGGACCACAGGAGACCGGCAGCCUUGCUCACUCCUGCACUGAACAGCUGCAGCUAUAAGCCAUCAGGGCAUACAUUAGCUCUGCUUUAACGCUAACCGAGCCCAGCAUGACUUCUGCCAGGAGCUUGUAUGUGAACACCCCCCUAAGGGACAGCGUCCCGCUCUCCAAGGUGGCUGGCACCAAUGUCUACCUGAAGCUGGACAAUGCUCAGCCCACAGGCUCCUUUAAAAUCCGGGGCAUCGGCCACCUCUGUAAAACGUGGGCGGAAAGAGGCUGUGAACGCUUCGUAUGCUCCUCAGGUGGCAAUGCUGGCCUGGCAGCUGCCUACUCUGCCAGGAAACUGGGCAUCCCAGCCACCAUCCUCGUGCCCACAUCCACACCAGCUUUCACCAUCGAGCGGCUGAAGGAUGAGGGGGCCACUGUCUGCAUUGUGGGAGAGAUGCUGGAUGAGACCAUAGAACAAGCCAAGGAGCUGGUGAAGAACAACCCUGGCUGGGUCUAUGUGCCCCCUUUCGAUGAUCCCCUCAUCUGGGAAGGCCACACGUCCAUAGUGAAGGAGCUGAAGGAACACUUGGACUCCAAGCCUGGGGCGCUGGCCCUGUCUGUGGGAGGCGGUGGGAUGCUGUGCGGAGUGGUCCAGGGUCUCCGUGAGGUGGGCUGGGAGGAUGUGCCCAUUGUUGCCAUGGAGACCAAAGGGGCGCACAGCCUGAAUGCUGCCAUGGCUGCUGGACAGCUGGUGACACUGCCAGAAAUCACCAGCGUCGCAAAGACACUUGGGGCAAAGACGGUAGGAGCGGAGACAUUGAAGCUGGCCCGAGAACACCCAGUCUUCUCAGAGGUCGUCACGGACCAGGAGGCAGUCAUGGCCAUCGAAAAAUUUGUGGACGACGAGAAGAUCCUGGUGGAGCCAGCCUGUGGGGCGGCGCUGGCUGCCGUCUACAGCGGCGUGGUGCAGAAGCUGCAGGCAGAGGGGAAACUGGUCCAUGCCCUGGGCUCCCUGGUGAUCAUUGUGUGUGGGGGCAACAACAUCACUCUGGCCCAGCUGCAGCGCCUCAAGGAGCAGCUGAGCAUCCAGAACGUCAUGGCGGCCUAGGCUGGCAAGACACCACCCGGGGGGGGGAGGGGGGAAGAGCUCUGGAGUUUUAUCCAGGGCCUUAUUUUAAGUGUGGGAUGCUGGUUUUAACAGUCCGCACAUCGGCAACGAUGCCUAUUUCUAACUUGUGGUCACGUCGCCUCAAGCACUGGAUCACAUAGGCUGAGGCUAAAUCUAGGAUUCCCAACCUGCCUACAACUUCCAGGCAUGGGUUCAUCACCAGCCAGUGGGCAGGAAGAUCUCCCCCAAGGCAUACACCUCCACACAAUGCUGUGCAUUAUUAUCAACAUCAGUUCCAGCAGCCCCUUCAGGCCUGCCCUGAGAUCAGGGCCCCAUUGUGCCAGGUACUGCACAGACGUGUAGUGAGAGACAGACCCAAUCUAGCCCAACAAAGGAUGGGAAAGAAAAGAGGCCCUGAGAGAGGAAGUGACUUUGUCCAAGGUCACACAGCUGAGUCAGACAUAAACCCAGGUCUCCUAGCUCCUUAUCCACUGCCCUGACCACCAGGCCAUGCUGUGUAACUGACACCUUCUGCAACACCAGGGCAUGUUUAGUCUGAAGACGUGGGGGGAAGUUGGUGACCUGAUCACAGUCUCCAGGUAUGUUCAGCACUAUUAUAAAAGGCUAUGAUCACUGCUCAUGUCCACUGGCAGUAAGACAAGAAGUGGGCUUAAUCUGCAGGGAGCGAGAUUUAGGUUAGAUAUUAGGAAAGGCUUUCUAACUCUAAGGACAGUUAAGCUCUGGAAUAGGCUUCCAACGGAGGCUUUUAAGGCAGGUUGGACAAACACCACCCAGGGGUGGGCUAGGUUUACUUGGUCCUAACUCAGAGCAGGGGGCUGGGCUUGAGGUCCCAUCCCACCAUAGAUUUCUGAGAUUCUCAGAGGUGAGCUCCUAGCGCUGGAUGGACUGUAGCUCUGUUUCAGCAUAGCCAGGAGACAGGCUACCAAACUAGAUCAGCCGCUGGGUUGGUCUGGUCUGGCCUGUAUCAGUGGGCUGAUCCUUACCUGGAUGAAAGCUUGAGCUGGUGUAAAAUACCAUUGGAAUUCCUUGCCUAGUGGUUGCACAGCCCAUGCCUUCUGGGGAGGUCCCUCGUGCCCUCUGGUUUAGCAUCACUGUCUUACCAGCCUGGACCUCUUAGCAUGGGGGCAGAAAGCAGGCUGGGCCAAUCUCUCUGGAGCUACAUCUUUCACUUCACUGCCUACGCUGCGGGCUGCAGUUGUCGGGGAAGGUUUUGUGUAACAUGAGAUUAGUCUGAGGCGUGAGUAUUGGAUGUUGUAGCCAGAAUUCAGCAUGCCCUAACAAGCUGGCUUUUCUAAUAGUGUCCACUAUUUAACUUUUUGCACGUAAAAAAAAUUCAGUAUUUCUAUAA